AUGGUUACACAAGUUGAGGCAUUCGAGAGAUCUGACAACCGAGGAGAAUGUAUUGAGGGAGAGUUCGGCAGGGUGUGCCGGAAGUACUGCAUCAAACAGGAGUUCACCCCCGCGCACAGCCCAGAAUACAACGGUGUAGCUGAGAGAGCACUGGGUCUGAUCAAGGAUGCAGCACUAGCCGCCCGUAUCCAAGCACCAACUCUUUACCCCGGAGCACCGAACUACCCAUCCCUUUGGGCCGAGGCCAUAGCUAGGGCAUACAACACCCUGAACUGCACCUCCACCACAUCCAACCCAGAGAAGAAAUUGCCGUAUGAGAUGUGGCACGGGCACCCUCCCCCGCCGGGGGCGACGUACCCGUUCCUCAAGCCUGCCGUAUACAAGGUCAAGCGCACACACAAGUCCGAGCCAAAAGCCCAAAAGUGUUUUUACCUCGGCCCGGGAAUCAACACCAACCGUGAUUGCGUGCGCAUCCUCAACGAAAAACGCCGAGCGAUCACAACUCGCAACUUCACCUGGCAAUCCGUGCCCGCCGCCCCCGCCGCCCUGCCCCAGUCGCUGCAUCCCAUCGCACAGGAGGAAGAGGAAUUCGCGACUGGGGAGGACGAGGUUGGGGAGGGCGCGUCGAACCAAGGUGGAGGGAGGGCNAAGGUCAAGCGUUUCAACCUUGGCACGACGGCAGCCCUGGGGCCCGCGGGGCCGGCCGCGCGCGUAGCACCGGCGGCGCCGCCGGCCGCGCCCCAGGAGCCGGGCGCGGGCGACGCCGGUGAUGGCGCCCCCUCGAGCAGGGAGGGCGCGAGCGUCGCCCCAUCUACCACGUCGACCGGCACGGCCGAUGUGGGCGGCGGCGAGGACGACCGCCGCAGCAGCAGCAGCCGCGGUAGCGGCGGCAGCGGCGAUGACAGCAGCAGCGGCGGCAGCAGCGGCGAUGACGGCGGCACCUACAGCAGCAGCGGCAGCAACAGCGAGACGGACCUCCCGGCGCUCCGUGGGCCAGAGGCCCAGCGGCUCGCCCGCUUCGACAAGCCGGCGGAACUCACCAGCCGCCGCACCAGGGAGAACCCUCGCCGAAACCCGAGGUACGAGUCGCCCCCGUCGCCGACAAGUGCCGAAGCCCUGCUCCCCUCGGUGGCGAGCCUGCCCGUCAGCAGCACUGAGGAGUUCACCCGCUGGAUGCUCUCGGCGGUACUUCACGUGGCGGAAGGGCUAGAGGCGAGGGCGGUGCGAGAGUUGCUGUUCGAGCGCGCGGAGGAGGCCCACGCUGCGCGCCAAGAGUCGGAGGACUUCCUGCUGCGUGCGGUGGACCUGAUGCUCAACUCUCCAGACGCCUUCGAGACGGCUCUGGCAAAGUUCAAAGCGCGUCUGGUUGCUAGGGGGCUUUCGCAAAUCCCGAACGUCGAUUAUUUCCAUUCCUCUUCCCCUCGCCCAUCAUCCGCAUCCAUUAAACUGAUGCUUGCGGAAGCGAACGAGAAGGGCAUGAACCUCAUUCACUGGGAUGUGAAGCAUGCCUACAUCCACGCCACGCUAGACGAGGAGUUUUUUCUGAGGCUCCCCGCUGGGUGCGGGGACAAAUCGCAUAAGAUCGUUGAGGCUGAGCGUGCGAUUUACGGUCUGAAGCAAAGCGGUAGGCAGUGGGGGUACCACGCUGCUGAUACGCUAGUCGAGAACGGGUUCGAGCAGUGCAAGGCGGAACCGUGUGUUUUCCGCAAUAUGGUAGACGAAGUCGUGGUGAUGAUUAUCGUGAUCUACGUGGAUGACAUUUUGGGGCUGGAUGACGAGAACGGAGGGGAGUGGCCGGUGAGGAAGGCCAUCGGCAGCAUGAUGUGGGUGUCAACGUUCUCGCGUCCAGACGUCUCGUUCGCCGUGCGUGCGGUAGCGCGCCACGCCCACGCCCCGGCGAAGAGGCACUGGGAUGCCAUCCGGGAGAUCCUCGGCUACGAGGGACCUCGGCAUCACCUACAAACGGGGAUCGGGGUUAGGGCUGGCCGUAGACACGUGGUAGCAGCAUCCAGGUUUGAGAACAACAAGGGGGCCAUAGCGUUGAUGCAGAACCCCCUCAGCUCAGGUCGCACGAAACACAUCGACGUGAGAUUUCAUUUCAUCCGCGGAUUGUUUAGGUCGGGGGAUAUUUCGGUCAAGUUCGUGCCGACAACGGAGCAACACGCGGACCUCCUGACCAAGGCCCUUAGCAGGGCUAGUCUGCAGUACCACCGGCGCAAGCUGAUGAAUUUGCCGGAGUUUCAAGCACUUGGGAGAGGUCAUGUUGUCCACGCGGGGAAAGGCGUACAACUGUUGCGGUCUGUGUACCAAUGGCAGGAGUAG